CAGGCUCGCGGAGUUUAAUGUUCCCUAUGCAGCCGAACAGUCGCACCUUCGCCACCAGCAGCGCUUCUCCCUACUCAUCGCGCGGGACAAGUAAAUAGUUUAUGUACUUUCACCAGAGUUUAAUCCAUAAAUCCGACUUUCAUUCUUUUUAUUUUGUUUUGUUUACCUCCGACAUUUCCAGCCGGGCUUUCCCCCGGCCACACUUCACCGUCCGCGGCCGAAGCAGCGCUCGGAUGUGAGAAAACCGAGACAAGACUUUCUCAGACAGAGACAACAACAGCAACAGUUGGCUUCUGCUCAUACAGAAACAGGAGACGUAAACGACGAGAAAGUAGAAUGCAACAGGAUUAUUAUUUGACGUUAACCUGCAGGAGGGGAAGCCGUCCCACUGUAAGAUUACCUGUUUCCUGAUCUCUGCUGCCCUAUAAUAAUGCCUUUGAGGUUACAAUGUCUACACUGAACCACGUUAUUCUGACGAACAAAGACCCGGACAAUGAAAGGAAGCUGGAUUGGAGUUACAUUGAAUGGGCUGAAAAUGAAGUUGUCACGGCAGGUGUGGUGGACGCCCAAACGCAAACGGACACGGGGCCCUUGGACCACAAGGAGACUCAAACCCUCGGCCAAGUCAUAACGCACAUAGAUCUCACACGGACACACCCCAGACUCAGACAUUUGUCUCUAGUGGACACAGAGAGUUUGGUAGCACCUUUCUUCCAGUUUGAUCGCCAAGCCCCAGGGAGGAUCUCCACAUCCCCCACCUUGAGGAGGAUGAGGAGCAUGAGGCAGAUAGAUCAUCGUGAUCCUGGUAGAAUGGGGAUGACUCCGGAGGAGUCUUUGUCGGGGAGCUCCCCUAAAAGCCCCCUGUCUCCUACGCACAGAGUCAUGUCUCCUCUGGCAGCGAGCCCUGUCUAUGAUGAAGAGUCCUGUCACGAUCAUAGGACGGUCUCACAGAGGAUCGGAUCUCUCGGAUCAAAGACCUCUAACAACGGGAUCAGUUCCACCAAACAAGAAUGUCACAGCACCCACCCUGUUCUUAUGGAAGAGUCCGUGCAGGAGCAUGGACACACCCAUAGCAGGCUUCAUGAGAGGAGGCGGAGCUCAGUGGUGGUCAGUUUACCUGGAUUGGAUGUUUCACCUGGAGACCUUUUUGUGUCAAAUGGAGCGGCUAACAUGAUAAACGAUUCAAACUUAUCAGAUGCAAAGAAGUUGAAGUGGCCUUUCUUGAGACGUAGUACGACUAAGGGGAAGUUGCAGACAAGCACAGUAUCAGAUAUUGAAAAAUGCCUUUCAGCUGUGCAGAUUCAAGACUGGACACAUGCAGAGUUUCAGAAAUUCAAGGACUUUUCUCUGGUUGAGUUCCUCCAGGAUCAGGUCCCACAGGUGAGUGUGACCUCUGACCCUCAGCUUCUAAAGAGACAGGAGGCCAUCUGGGAACUGUUCACCAGCGAAUGUGUCUACUUCCUGGAUCAGCUCAUGGUUCUCAAAGAGGUGUUUUUGGUGGUGCUCUUAAACCUGCAGCAGAAGAACUGUCUCAGUGACAUCGACUCAUGGAGGCUGUUUGCCAAUCUGAAUGAACUUUGCCUGGUGAGCUCCAGUUUCCUGAAGAACCUCCUGCGUGUCAUUAAGCAGAUGCUGGAGGUUACACAAGGUGACGGGCCCACCUUGCUGGAGCUGCUGAGGAAGGCCUUCCAGGAGAGCAUUUGUCCCUGCCUGGAGAAGUACUGCCUCAACUACACCUCGGCUCUGCUUUAUCUGUACAACCUGAUGCCCAGAGAGGACUUUAGAUCAUACGUGAAGUGGUGCGAGAGGAGUGAGCAUUGCCGGAGGCUGCAGCUGCGUGACCUGCUGGUGGCACCUCUGCAGAGACUGACUCGAUACCCGCUGCUGCUGCGUAACGUGGCAAAGAAAUCUCCAUCAGCCGAGGAGACCAGAGGCCUCCUCAGCAUCGCCGAGCAAGUGGACGUGUCUAUAUGUGAUUUAGAGGGAAAAGUCAAAUGGUUGGAUAACUACAGAAAGGUGAAGCAGCUGAGGGAUGCUCUGGUGUGGAUUCCUGUGUGGGAGAGAGACAAGAGAACCUUGAUCCCAGAGAGUCUGAAACAUCUCCUGAAGGCCGUCACGCUGGAGAAUCUCAUCUCCCACCGAAGCCUGCUGCACGAAGGCAGGCUGGUGCUCACAGAGAACACAAAGCAGAUCGAUGUUUAUCUGUUCCUGUUUGACGAAUUCCUGCUGAUCACAAAGAUAAAGAGAAACAAGAAGAGGUCCGUAAGUUCUGAGCAGAACACUCUGAGGCUGCAGCAGAACCAGGAGCUGGAUCAGCUGCUGAAGGAGGGAUGCACCUUCACCGUUCUAGACCAGCCCAUCUCUUUGGAUCGACUCCAGCUCAGAAACAUCGAUCAGCUAAAUGCCUCCACAUCGGGGCUGCCCAAUUCCUUCAUAAUAAUGCAUCACAACCGCUACCAACAGUGUAUCGGCGCGUUCAUCCUGCAAGCGACGUCAGAGUCUGCCAAGAGAGAGUGGAUGUCGAAGAUAGAGGGCGCAUCGACAGCUCUGCUGAAGCUGGACUCUCAGCCACCACGAGUGAAGAGCUCCUCCCUGUGGCUGGAGUCUUCACAGAUAUGAUGAACCAUGGCCUGAGCUCAAACUACAGUCAACGUGCACUUCACUGUCCCCAGGAGUCCGUCUGAGCGACGGCUCCAGCACUAGGAUUGUUUUGUAAACUUAUUUGUGGCCUUUUAAAGGCAGCUGCUGUAUCAAUGUACAAUAAAUAUUUGAUUAUGUACAA